GCCCGGCUCGUCCCGGCGCCGGCGCCCGGUGCCCGGGCAGUCUCGGCCGCCGCUGCCCCCUUCGCCCGCGGCGCCAUGGAACGGAGCGGGGCGGCGGCGGGCGGCAUUGUCCGCAUGUGCCAGACCGUCUUCCCGGCGCACGCCAACCACCGCGGGGAGCUGAGCGCCGGGCAGCUCCUCAAGUGGAUGGACGCCACCGCCUGCCUGGCAGCUGAGAAACACGCUGGUGUGUCUUGUGUGACAGCGUCUAUGGAUGACAUACAGUUUGAAGAGGCUGCCAGGGUUGGACAUGUUAUUACCAUCAAAGCAAAGGUGAACAGAGCAUUCAAAACCAGCAUGGAGGUUGGCAUCAAGGUUACAAUACAGGACGUUUUGGCAAAUGUUGAAAAAAUUGUGAGUGUGGCAUAUGCAACGUAUGUAGCCAAACCAGUUGGUGCUAAAAAGAUUGAAUUAGAACCUGUACAGCUUCUGUCUACCGAAGACCAUCUGGAGCACACCCUGGCUACUGAGAGAAGAAGAAUCCGACUGGGCUAUGAACAAGUCUUUCAGAACCUAAUGCAGGAGAGUAAUAAGGAAGAUACUUUUGAAGAGGAAGAUGCAGUUUCAACUGACCUUACUCAUGUGCAGAGUAUUGAGCUUGUCCAGCCUCCUCAUGCAAACCAUCAUGGAAACACUUUUGGUGGCCAGAUCAUGGCUUGGAUGGAGACAGUGGCAAGUAUUUCAGCAAGCCGCCUUUGUCGUUCAUAUCCCAUCUUGAAAUCAGUCAAUAUGUUUAAAUUCUGGGGACCAUCCGUUGUGGGUGACCGCCUUGUCUUCAAUGCAAUUGUGAACAACACAUUUCAGAAUAGUGUAGAGGUUGGUGUCCGCGUUGAGGCAUAUAACUGUGAAGAAUGGAUCAAGGACCAAGCACGGCAUAUUAACAGUGCGUUUCUCAUUUUUAAUGCUGUGAAUGACAAAGGAGAGCUGCUCACCUUCCCUGGAGUUAAACCUACUACAAAGGACAGUGUGAGGCGGUACCGUGGAGCCAUUGCCCGAAGAAGAAUUCAACUAGCCAGAAAAUGUAUGCUCUCUGCUAAAGAAGACAAACCAUCUGACCUCUGGGAGAGAAGCAACCAGGCAUAUGUGAGUUACAGCAAUGUAGCUGCACUGACGCACCUGGCAGCAAAACGUGGAUGGGAAAUAACCAGUAUGCUGGAGCAUAUAAAAAUAUGGACUCAUGAGGAGGGUGACGUCUUGUCACUCAAAGUAGAAAUGCAAGUGAAGAUACCAUCACAUCUAGCUUUCUCCCUUUUGUCUGACUUCACACGCCGUCAACAAUGGGACAAACAUUUCUUAACUUGUGAGGUCCUGCAGGCUGUGAAUGAAGAUGAGAAGAUAUAUUAUGUUACGUCUCCACCCAUGACUGGCCAUAAACCCAGAGAUUUUGUGAUUCUUGUGUCUCAAAGGCAACCUUGUAAGCCCAGUGAACCCUAUGUAGUAGCUGUAAAGUCAGUUACCCUCACGUCUAAGCCGCCUUCUCCACAAUACUGCAGAAGUGAAAUCCUUUGUGCGGGAUUCCAGCUCUACAGUGACAGCGACAGCUCCUGCACAGUGUGUUAUUUCAAUCAAAUGACAUCAGGUGUUAUGCCCUACUUAGCUGCAAAUCUUACUGGUUCAUCAAACUCCAUUGAAGACACUGCUUUGGAGUGUAUAAAGUUCCUGGAGCAGAAAGGCAGCAAGUGCUGAAGUUAAAAGCAAGUUUCUGGAGAGUGCUAAAGAUUAUCAAGCAGUACUGGUUUAAAUUCUUGCAUGUGUUGAUCAUCCUUCUACAUCUUAAUUACUUUGGGUCAUGCAGAUGAUACUGGGCUUGAACCAGAGGAUAUCUAGCACGGCGAUUUUGUAUCAAAUUAAGAUUAGGCCUUAUGCUCUAAAUUCAAGUUUUUAAUCUAAAAAAGAUUAAGGCACAGAGUCUGUACUUGAAUGCAUUAAUGAAUUUUGAUUGACCCAACAGAACUUACAACUGCAGCUUAUAAGACUAUUUCAUUUUCAUUAUUAUACUGUUGUAUUGAACCUAGUGGCACCCAGUUUUAAAUUAGUAAACUCUCAUCUGUCUAAUUUGCAGAGAACUGGUACUACUAAGUAGCUUAUCCAGUGCUCUGGCCUCUUUGUCUAGGUUCUUGCACAUGCAUUGUAUGUAAAUCUGUUACACCCUAAAUCAAGUUAGUGUUUGCUAAUGUUUGUGUCAAUGCUUGUAGCUUAUCUGUGAUUUUCAAUAAAUUAUUGCUUUUGAGGUUACA